CUUACUGCCUAUGCGUGUUUGUUUAGUCUGUUAGAGAGAAAGAGGAGUAGUAGUGGUCUUACUUAAUUCCACCACAAGAUAUAAAAUUUAUAAACUUUUCUUCUAAAAAAAUUUAAAAGUAAUUCAAAGCUCUACACUAAGAAAGUAGAACCAGAAGACAAACUCACAAGAAGAAGAAGAAAAAACCCAACAACAACAACAAACAACAAACAACAACAAACAACAACAACAACAACAACAACAACAACAAACGCCACACUUUUUUCUUUCAGCUUGUGAUUGUGGGGGAAACUAUACAAGUAGUUAGUUCCUAAAGAUUACACAAUGAAUGAGAAUCGUGCAAUACCAAUGGAGGUGUAUUAUACUAGCAAUGGACAGUAUUCAUAUCAAACUACUUCUGAAAACUUCAUGGGAUUUUUUGAUGGACUUUCACAUCCUCCUCUUACUUAUCUUUAUCCUCCUCUACCUAUGCCUAAUCCUAAUCAACAGGAAACUGCGUAUUGGUCAAUGAAUAUGAACUACAGAUCUGAUUUCUCUGAUGCCGGAAGUACUUCUUCGUAUUAUGGGUAUGAGGUUAACAAUCCUUUACCAAGAACUGAAAUUAACCGGCGGACCUGGGAGUAUGCUCCUGCAAUGCACAUUGAAGAGCCAACCACGGUCAUGCAUUCCGAAGAUAACGUAGUUACAACUUCAGAUGGUGCUGAAGAAUGUCCUGUUGAUCAUCAAGAUGCUGCAAGUCCAGAGGCUGCCUGGCAGGAUGACAUCGAUCCUGAUAACAUGACAUACGAGGAAUUACUUGACCUUGGUGAGGCAGUUGGAACUCAAAGUCGAGGUCUAUCCCAAGAACUUAUAAAGUCGCUUCCAACCUCUAGGUACAAGGCGGGUGGUUUUUUCUCAAGAAAAAAAUCCAGGGAUAGAUGCGUAAUAUGCUUGGUGACAUACAAAAUAGGGGACCAACAGAUGACUUUACCAUGCAAGCAUGUAUACCAUUCCAAAUGUAGCAGGAAGUGGCUCAGCAUUAAUAAGACAUGUCCAGUUUGCAAUUGUGAAGUGUUUGGAAAUGAACCAAGAAAUUGACAACAUUCUUCGGCUAGCGUACGUACAGAUACAAGUUUAGUUUUUUUGAUCUUCAUUUUUGUUCCAGGUUCCUACCUUCUGAGAAAGUGAGAAUAGAGCUGAUUUUGAAUCUACGGCUAUAUAGUUCCCCUUUUCUAACUGAUAUAUGACCAGAAUUAACACCUUAUGGUACUCAAUAUCAUUGUAAUGUAUGAAAUCUUCUAAUAUAGAGAGAUGAGAAACAGAGGUGCUAAAUUUUGUCUAUUGUUACUCUGAUUACCUAUAUUUCUUCCUCUUGUGGUA